CUUCCUCCCGGCACAGAAGCCCUCCCUGUCUCACCAAGGCCCUCGCCCGCUGGUCCGCCAGGCCCCGCCUUUUUUGCGGCCCCCAUUGUGCUGCUGGACCCGACGAGCAGGGUUGACAGUGAACCCCACGUAGACGCGGCCCCGGUACCGGGGGUUCAGGCAGUAGAGCAGGUAGACGCCGAAGAAGCGCCCUGGCCUCGCCGUGACCCCCGCGGGACCCAUCGGGCCUGUGGUUCGGGAACCGCAGCAGGGGGUUGAUUGCCGUGACCUAGGGUCCAGGGGAGGGGUGGAUCGCUAGGGCUGCAGGGUGCUUGCUUCGGAACAAGCUCUCGGGGACUAUCCGGAGGCAGCCUGGAGGCCGCCGUAGCGCGAGUACUUGCCCCUCUCCUGUCUGGAGGCGGGUGUAGAAGUCCGACCGCGGAAGCCAGACUGCUGUCCAGUCAGCGAGCGCCUACCAUUCAGCAUUGGCUCCGCCCGAGUCCCACCUUCCUCAGGCUCUGAUUGGCUGGUAGAUGGCAAGCGCGAAAAGCCCGGACCGUUGGAAAGCCCGGCUGCUUGAGGGCGGAAGUACUGCGUUGAUGUACGCCUUAGUAAGGGCGGAAGUGAGUUUCCCAGCGGAAGUGGCUCCUGUAAGGCUGCAAGGCAGCGUGGCCGGCGUCGGAGCAGGGGUUGUGUCCCCGCUGGGCUGCCGUCCCAGCUGGACUACCGCCAUGGAACUCAGCGCCGAAUACCUCCGGGAGAAGCUGCAGCGGGACCUGGAGGCGGAGCAUGUGGAGGUGGAGGACACGACCCUCAACCGUUGCGCCUGUAGCUUCCGAGUCCUGGUGGUGUCGGCCAAGUUCGAGGGGAAACCGCUGCUUCAGAGACACAGGCUGGUAAACGCGUGCCUAGCAGAAGAGCUCCCGCACAUCCAUGCCUUUGAACAGAAAACCCUGACCCCAGAGCAGUGGGCACGUGAGCGACAGAAAUGAGAGACUGGGAUCUACACAGCCAUUAAAUUAUAAAUCUGGACCA